UAUUUGGCUUUCUUAAUCACAAAGAUACAUCAAACCACAGAUAAUAUGAGAUCGAAAUCUUUCUAGUGAGUCUAAUUUAUUCCACGAAGAGAGAGGGAAAAGGAACAAACGAAGAAAGGGUGGCGAGGUUGAAAUUCUUAAGACAGAAACAUCUCAUCCAGCUAAAAGUAUCCAAAGAAAGAGGAAAAAGAAAAAAGAAAGGUGAAAACAAGAUUCUUCUCCGUCUGACAGAUUCCAGAUUUCUAGGCGUUUUUUUGUCUCUCUCUCCAAUCCUUUCUCCUCAAGGUUGGAAUAGCAAAACAUAGUAAAGAGAGGAGAGUGGGAGAAUGGAGUAUGAGAGCAGCAGUUCGAUUUGGGAUGGAGUGUAUUACUACCCACAUCUGUUUGGAGGACUAAUGCUAACAGCUGCUUUGCUUGGAUUAUCAACUAGCUAUUUUGGUGGACUUGGGUACUCUUAUUUGCCUUAUAUGUGGUCUGAUCUGGGAGUUUUUUAUAAAAAGAAGAGUGAGAAGAAGCGAAUUCGGGUUUACAUGGAUGGUUGUUUUGAUCUUAUGCAUUAUGGACAUGCCAAUGCUUUGAGGCAAGCUAAGGCUUUAGGAGAUGAAUUGGUGGUUGGUGUUGUUAGUGAUGAGGAGAUUGUUGCCAACAAGGGCCCUCCUGUUUUAUCUAUGGAAGAGAGGCUGGCCCUUGUCAGUGGAUUGAAGUGGGUGGAUGAAGUCAUAGCCAAUGCUCCUUAUGCCAUUACAGAGAAAUUCAUGAACAGUCUCUUCAAUGAGCAUAAAAUUGAUUAUAUCAUACAUGGCGAUGAUCCUUGCUUGCUUCCUGAUGGAACUGAUGCCUAUGCCUUGGCCAAGAAAGCUGGGCGUUAUAAGCAGAUCAAACGAACAGAAGGUGUCUCCAGCACAGAUAUCGUAGAGAGAAUACUUUCUUCUUUGAAGGAUGCAAAAGCUUGUGAAAAUCAUGAUAAUACAUCAUCUUUGCCCGGUGAUGAUCAUAAAGGAAGUCAAUCCAACAGUUCCCGUAUAUCUCAAUUUCUACCAACAUCCCGGAGAAUUGUACAAUUUUCAAAUGGCAAGGGACCUGGACCAAAUGCUCGUGUUGUCUACAUUGAUGGAGCGUUUGAUCUCUUCCAUGCAGGACAUGUAGAGAUUCUCAGGAGUGCUAGGCAGCUUGGAGAUUUUCUGCUGGUUGGGAUCCACACUGACCAGAUUGUAAGUGAACACAGAGGGAAAGGUCACCCAAUUAUGCAUCUGCAUGAACGUAGUCUUAGCGUUCUGGCUUGCAGCUAUGUUGAUGAAGUUAUCAUUGGUGCGCCUUGGGAAGUUACCAGAGACAUGGUCACAACUUUUAACGUCUCCUUGGUUGUGCAUGGGACAGUAGCAGAGAGCAACUCCUUGUUGGCUGGUGAACCUGAUCCAUAUGCAGUUCCAAAGAGCAUGGGAAUUUUCUGGAUGCUUGACAGCCCUAAAAAUAUAACGACCACUUCAGUGGCCCAAAGGAUAGUUGCCAAUCACGAGGCUUACUUGAAACGCAAUGCCAAGAAGGCAGAAAGUGAGAAGAAGUACUACGCAGAGAAAGUACAUGUGUCAGGAGACUAAGCAGAGGGGCAGUUCCACCGUAGCUGGUUUCGUACAGUUAUUUAUGUAGUGCACCUUAACCAUCAUAGAGACGUCCAAUCGGCCAAUAUACAUGACAGUCCCAUAAUUUUUGUUUUGGAAGUUGGGAACGACAAUUAAAUCGAUGUAGAAGACCCUCUGGAGAGGCCUUAGACGGGUCAUUAUAUUUUAUUCGUCACUUGUUGUAACUUACUUUCAGAAUAGAACCGAACCCUCAGUAAUGUCACACUGUUUAAACAGUUAAUCACGUUAGACCUUACCAUCUUUCAAGUUUGAAGCAAAUUCAUUUUGAA